AUGGCCGGGGAGGACCAGGGCCCCAUCUUGAUCUGGAACACUUGCGUAUUUGGAUCGCUGGCCAUCCUACUCGUGGCCCUGCGUCUUGGCUUUCGAGGCUAUCGCAGGCGAUUGGACCUCUCGGAUUACUGUAUCUUCAUUGCCCUCCUAUGCUCUAUUGCACAAGAAUGCUUCAACCUGAUAGCCGUCGUCUCGUAUGGCUAUGGCAGACAUGCAGCAGAUCUGCCGCCGUCAAUGAAGAACUCAGUGGUUCCAAAGCAGCUCUUCUUCGCGAACAUGAUCGUCUUCAAGCCGACCUACCUCUUCACUAAACUCUCCCUCUGCCUCGUCUACGCGCAGCUCUUCAAGCGCGCCGACUCCAAGACUGUGCGCAUCACGCGCAUGCUCGUCUACUUCACCACCUUCGUCGUCGUGGGCUACUACGGGUCCGCGACCAUCAUCAGCAUCUUCCAGUGCAACCCGAUCCGCAAAUCCUACCUCUCCAAAACGUCGGGCACCUGCAUCGACCUGACGCAGUUCCGCUUCAGCGGCCACGCCGUCAACAUCAUCACCAGCAUCAUGGUCAUCUGCAUCCCGCUGCCCGCCCUCUUCAAGAUGAAGGACAAGCGGCCGGAAAUCAAACAGCUGCUCUUCCUCAUCCUGCUCGGAUUCGUCCACACCUCCUGCGCCAUCACCCGCCUCGUCCUCCAAUUCUUCCCCAACCCAGCAUCCAAGACGGACCCGCAGUGGGCCAACACGAUACCCAACACCAUCUCGAUGGUCGAGAUGGACGUCGGCAUCAUCGCGGCGUCGCUCGUCGUCAUGCGGCCGUGCUUCCAGUUCCUGUACAACGUCGCCACCGGCCGCUCCAACGCCGACUUGCUCCAGUCGACGACGCGCACCGGCGGCGGGUACAGCGGGUCCAAGUUGAGUAGUUUUGGGGGAGGUGGUACUAUGUCCAGCGCGCUGAGGCGGGAGAGGAAGAUGAGUAAGGCUGUGGAUAUUGAGAUGGAGAGCAGGUUGGUUGAGGAGGAGAGUAGGGGGGGUAGUGUGGCGGAUGGCGGGAGUGGAAAUGGGUAUGUGAGGGAUGUUGGGGAUGUGAGGGAUAGCUUUGUGGGAGUGGCGGUGGAGUAUGAGGCUUGGGAAGCUGGACAGAAGGGGAGGAUGCGGUGA